GACCAGGAAGGGCUGACUCUGCUGUCGAGAGAGAGAGAGAGAGAGAGGGGGACUCCCCGUUCGGGUGAUUGACAGGAGAGUCAGUCCCGGGGAGCGCUCAGCCGCUUGUGUCUGUGAAGCCAGGCCGGCUGAGAGGAUGCAGGCUGCGGGAGAGGCUGGGGCUGCUACCCAGCAGGCUCUGUCCGUGCACAACUUCAGCGAGAAGCUGUCGGAGCAGAUGGUGCAUUUUCACGUCCUCCGCAUGAAGGACAGCUUCUUCUUAUGGGUAGGGAGCACCCCUACCCUCUCCAACCUUGCUGUAGCCAUGUGCACCAAGUUUGACCCAAUGCCAGUAUCCACAUUAAUCCUUGGAGAUUCCUCUGAUACCACUCCAAACUCUGUGGCACAAAGACUAGAAUGUACCAUGCAGCGAAGAAGACAGGAAAACAGGUUUUCAUCAGCUACAAUCUGCCCAGCACCAACACCAGUCUCUCACUGCAGGUGGAAAACCGAAUCAAAGAAGAAAUGAAAGCUCAUCCAGACAAGUUUUAGUUGUCCAUUUAAUUUUUUUUAAAGGAAUUUUGGGUUGAAUUGUUUAAUAAAAUGUUAUAAAUGCCA